AACAGCAGAGGAGGCAGUUCGGCCUCGUUAUGCAACAGCCUCGUUAUCUAACGACCACGGACACCCUAUAGGGGCUCUUUGUUUGCAGAGGGCAAGGGAGAGAAAUGCCACCAGCAGCUGAGUCACCGGUUCACCGAGAGGCUCCGAGGACGUUCUCAGGUGGAAACUUUUCCAGUUUCACCUGCUAAUUUGGGAGGACCGGCCGAUUGCCCGGCUCCGCCCCCCGCCCUGUAACCCGGCUCCUGCCGCCCUUGCAUAUAUAGAAAGGUAUGGCCCCGCUCCCGGCGCUGGAGACGGAGCCCGGAGCCGCAGCAACCCUGAGCCCGCUGCGCUCCCACCAUGAGGAAGGAGGUCCUCACCCUGGCCUUCGCCCGCGCCGUCUUCGUGGAGUUCCUCUCCACGCUCAUCUUCGUCUUCAUCGGGCUGGGCUCGGCGCUCAAGUGGCCCUCGGCACUGCCCUCCAUCCUGCAGAUCGCGCUGGCCUUCGGCCUCGCCAUCGGCUCCCUGGUGCAGGCCUUCGGCCACAUCAGCGGCGCCCACAUCAACCCGGCCGUCACCAUCGCCUUCCUCGUGGGCAACCAGAUCUCCUUCCCGCGCGCCCUCCUCUACGUGCUGGCCCAGCUGGUCGGGGCCAUCGCCGGCGCCGGGAUCCUCUACGGCGUCACCCCGGCCAACACCCGCGGCAACCUGGCCGUCAACGCCCUCAACAACAACACGACGCCGGGGCAGGCGCUGGUGGUGGAGAUGAUCCUGACCUUCCAGCUCGCCGCCUGCAUCUUCGCCUCCACCGACAACCGGCGCGGCGGCGGCGGCUCCCCCGCGCUCUCCAUCGGCCUCUCCGUCACCGUGGGGCACCUCGUGGGGAUUUACUUCACCGGCUGCUCCAUGAACCCCGCCCGCUCCUUCGGCCCCGCCGUGGUCACCAGGAGGUUCAGCCCCGCACACUGGGUGUUCUGGGUGGGCCCGAUCCUGGGGGCCUGCCUGGCGUCGCUGCUGUACUUCUACGUGCUGGUUCCGUACUGCAUGGCCCUGUCCGACCGCCUGGCCAUCCUGCGGGGCACCUACGAGCCCGAGGACGACUGGGAGGAGCAGCGCGAGGAGCGCAAGAAAUCCAUGGAGCUCACCCCACCUUAGGGAAUUCCGGGGGGGCCCGGGGGGGGCUCGGCAGUGCCGGCUGAGGGCUGGAAACCCCCUCUGAGCUCGUCCAGCCCCAGGGACCCGGGCCCGGGGGGGGGCUCGGCAGUGCCGGCUGAGGGCUGGAAAACCCCUCUGAGCUCGUCCAUCCCCACCCGCCACAUCCCCGGCUUUUAUCCACCACUUCCCGGGAGCCACAGCCGCGGCAGAACCUUAAACCCGCGUCUCCUUAAGCCCAAGGCCGGGCCUAAGGCAGGCGGGGGUGUGUAAAUACCCCCCCUUCCCUCAUGAGUGUGAGCGUAGACCCCCCUCCAGCCCCUCCAGCAGAGCCCAGCACCGGCCCCCGAGCCCGGGGCAGCCCCUAAGCCGGGUUUAACCCCCCCUC